UAAAAGGAAUGAGUGUGCACACCCUUUUCCUUUUCCCCUUCCCACUGGUCAGCAUGCAAACGUGAUGGCAGGAGUUGGAGCAGCCACCUUGGGACACUGAGACAGAAGCCACACAUUGAGAAUGUCAGAGAUACUGUACCAGCUCUAGACUACCUUGGAACUACUAUGCUGUUUCCAGGGCCAUGUGGACCACGGGCCGCGGUUUCUACCCCAUCCUUAGCGAACGUUACCGUCGAGGACAUCCUCCCGAGUGGCAAACAUGAUGAAGCCAGGACGGCCAGCCCUGGUUUAGCAUGAUGUCAUCCAUUCAUCAUUGUGAGCUGAUUGGCCGUCCCCGGGCUUGGCCAGCAGCCCAAGGCCAGGAGGGAAGAGAGAGAUCCCAGGACGGACGUGCAGCAGGCCCCUGAGCAUGUGCAGAAAUGUUGUCAUCAGUUCCACGUAGAACGCCUUGGUGGAAACCAAAGAAGACGGUACAAGUCACAAGAUCCUAUCCAACCUUCCCCGCCCUGAACGCCUGGGAAGAAUUCAGGGGCCUCUUGGCUGUGGAUGGGGAAGCGAACCCUGGCGUGAGCAUGGGUGUGGAGGAGGGGCUGCUCUGCCAGAUGGUUCAUUCUCCAGAAUUCAACCUGUUUCCUGACUCCGUGAUGUUUGAAAGCAACUUUGUCCAGGUCAAAAAGGGCAGGAACUGGACAGACAUCUACAAAGCCUCCAACACCAUGGCCCUUGGGGUGACCUCCUCCGUGCCCUGCCUGCCCCUUCCCAACAUCCUCCUCAUGGCCAGCGUCAGAUGGCGCCAGGGGCAGAGCCAGACUUGGAACAGACCAUCCACAGCCCCACGCAUCAUGCUGAAGAGGAUUCUCCCGCUGAAGUUUGUGGAGCUCCGGGUCUACGACCGGCUCCAGCGCGUCCUGCGGCUGAGGACGGUCACGGAGAAGAUCUACUACUUCCGGCUGCACCCUGACCACCCGGAGACCGUCUUCCACUUCUGGAUCCGACUGCUUCAGAUUCUGCAGGAGGGGCUGUCCAUCACCACCAAGGACCCCAGGAUCCUUGUCACUCACUGCCUGGUCCCCAAGAACUACUGCAGCCCCUCAGGAGACACUAAGUUAGUGCAGAAGAAACCCCGAGCCCCCCAGCCCAGCGAGAGCCUCCUGCAGCUGAUGGCCAAGGCGGAGAGCGAGGCCCUCUCUCAGAUUUUUGCCGACUUGCACCCGCAGAACCAGUUCAGUCCCAGGAGCAGCAAAAAGGUGGAGACCAAAAAGGAUGGCUCAGAGAAAGACACCCACUCUGAAGACAGCAUCCCCUGCACCCGAGACCUCAGCUGGAGGGAAUCGCUGUCUCACGGGGAGUGGGAACGAGAGAACCCCUCUGGGCCGCAGCCGCUGUCGCUCCUCAGCACCCUGGCAGCCUCCACCAGGCCACAGCUGGGCCCACCCCUAGGAAGUUCCAUCUGAGCCAUGCUCUCACACCGGGGAGAGUGCGCAGCCCUUGCCAACGCCACACUGCAGCGUGCAGCUUCUGAGGGACCCCGGAAGCGCGCAGGGGAGGAGAAAGCCACAGCUCGGGGCAACCGGGAAUCGCCUCCUGGUGAUGGCAGGGCCUUCCUCCUUCCAGCUGCACGUACCCCUGAGCCUCCAUCUCCUCACCACCUCAAGUGAGCACAGCCCCCUCCACGGCACUGCCCCAGCAGGCCCAGGAAGACGCGCUCGGGUGAGGAGAUGCAGAACCGGGUGGCAGCAGGGGGUCCGAGAAGAGGAGCGGUACAAAGAGAAACUGUAACCGAAGGAACAGCAGAGACUUGGGAGGCACACAGAGGACAAGAGAGGGAAUCCAUCCUGAGAGAGGCCUCGCCAAGCUUCUAUUUAUCUAAUUUAAACUUGAAAGUAAGACCAUAAACUCAAAAAAGAAAUGCGGUUUUCCUUUUUUUUUCUUUCAACUUUAUGUAUGUAUAUAUAUUAUUAGAAAGGCAAAGAGACACAGAGAGAUCUUCCCUCUGCUGGUUCACUCCCCAGAUGCUCACUGUGGGGAGCAACUCGGACUAGACUAAGUUACUGGAAUUAAGACUUAUUCUAUGCAUCUGCUCUCCCACAAUAUGGCGCUGAGAAGGGAGAAACAGCAUCUACACAGCUGCCUCCAGUUCAACCAAUAAACUGUAGGACCUGCUCCUGA